AUGGCAUUACUGCACAGCAUGUCCGGGGAAUGUAUCAAGUCCGAGCUGGAUUUAUUUACAGUUCCACCGACGCAGACGGUUCUCGAGAAAAACACCUAUUUAGAAGUACCGCCUUUUUCCGCUAUAUCAGACUCUGCGCCAUUGGAGUUUUUUAUCGCAGGGACCGGAGAAGAUUACUUGGACUUAAAUAAUACGCUACUUUUUCUCAGACUUAAAAUAACAAAACCUAACGGCGGCGACAUACCUGACCCCGCGUCGGUAGGUCUGAUAAACUACCCCGGAGCCACCAUAUUUUCACAAGUCGACGUGAGUCUCGGAGACCGUUUGAUAUCGCAGAGUUCGAGCACCUACCCUUAUCGCUGCAUGAUCGAGUGUCUUAUGAACUACAGUGAAGAUGCGUUGGAAACGGUUUUCACAUCAGGUCUGUUUCACAAGGACGAGGCCGGACAGAUGGACGAGAAUGACCCGUUAGGCGAUAACGAGGGUCUGACGAAAAGGUCGAACUACACGAAGGGUGGCAAGGUGGUAGAGCUACUAGCGCCUAUUCACAGCGACAUUUUCUUUCAAGAAAAAUUACUGUUAAACGGUGUCGACGUUAAAAUACGUUUGAUCAGAGCCAAAAACGAAUUCUGUCUGAUGAGAAGCGACGAUGUGGCCUACAAAGUAAAAAUCGUCUCGGCAUCCCUAUUUGUCAAGAAAGUCAGCGUGUCGCCGUCUGUGAGACUGGGGCAUGCCCAGGCUCUGCUCACCGCUACUGCAAAGUACCCUAUAGACAGAGUAUGCCUCAAAACCCUUUCUAUACCUACAGGAUCCCGCGUUUCAAAUCAAGAAAACUUGUUUUUAGGAACGCUGCCGAAAUCAAUCAUUCUGGGGAUGGUCGAUAAUGACGCCUUUACCGGAGCGUACGAUAAAAAUCCAUUCACUUUCAAUCAUUACGACAUGGAGUUCCUGGCCAUUUAUGUGGAUGGUCAACAAAUACCCGCCAAGCCGCUACAGCCGGAUUUCGAUUCAGGAGCCGCGGUGCGCGAAUAUUACCAGCUGGUGAUGUCUACAGGGAGACAUCUGAAAAACCACGGGCUCGCAUUCGAUAGAGGCGAGUUUAUGAAUGGCUACAGCCUGUUCGCAUUUAACCUAACACCCGACGAAGAGUGCGGACAGCACCUGUCGCUCGUCAAGUCCGGGAACAUAAGGCUAGAAGUGCGGUUCAAAAAGGCGCUAGCUAAGACCAUUACGCUAAUCGUUUACGCGGUGUUCGAUUCGAUCAUUCAAGUUUCAAAUCGCAGACAGAUCCUGGUCGAUCAUUAUUGA